AAAAGAUUUGAACAUAGAAUUUCUUGAAAAAUCCAGACUUGAAUUUAUGAAGGUUUGACUACAAAACGGCAUGCUUAUGGCAUGGGGGAGAUUUUCAUGUUGUUUUUACCGCUGUGAUGAUAAAUUAAUUUGUAUUGAUCGAACACGAACAAUUGUUGCGGGUAUAUAUAGUAACAGUUUGCCUAAUAUUCAACAUAAUGUUAUAUACUGCUUAAGAUUAGAAUAAAGAAAUGAUAUUGCUUUAAAAUGGAAAGAAUAAAAAGUAACAUUAAAGGAAUUGUUGAAGAAUUUACUGUUGAUGAAGUUGAAAUGCUGGACACAACUGGUAUUGUGUUGAAAUUUAAUGAAAAUGUUCCACAGGAUACAGUUGAUUGGAUUUGCCAUCUCAUUAAAAAACCAGUGCUGUACGGUGGAGCUUCACUUGAUAUAAAAAGAUACGAGGUUGAAGACAAUCCUGACGCACAAAUCUAUAUCAUAGCAGCAUCUACAUCAUUACUGUUUGUUGCUGCAGAGAAAUAUUCAAUGUUAAAACGUACUCACGAUGGAACUUUUUUACCGUUUACUGCAGAAAAUAGGCAUGAUUUUGAAAACUACGAAGAAGAUAACACAGACUUCUUUUCAUCCUCAGAGAAGCAAUUUUUAUUGAAAUCGAUGUUGGAUCAUGUUAUAUGUGAAGAUGAAAAUAUCAAUACAAUUCCAAAUUUUCCAAAAGUUAAGGUUUACAAAAAUAGACCAGUAUUACCACGUUGUAUUGCACGUGACCUUAUUCAAAUAUAUCCUUUGCACCACAAUGACAGUUUAAAGCCAUUGAAAAGAGUUUGGUACAUGAACGCGAGUUUGAUGCAACCAUUAAAUGAUAUCAAAAAUUAUUUUGGAGAAUCAAUUGCAUUAUACUUUGCUUUUCUUGGGUUUUAUACAAAAUCUCUGAUCCCAUUGGCAUUAAUUGGAAUUUGUCAUUGGCUAGUAUUUGAUGACGACAAUAAAGCAGAGAAUGUUUGGUUUGCUGUAUUAAAUGUGAUUUGGGCAACAGUAUUUCUAGAGUUGUGGAAACGUGAAGGUUCUUCUAUUGUUUUUGACUGGGGAAGACUCUCAAGUGAAAAAGAAUCGGCAUCACUUUUGGAGAAACCAAGAGCAGAGUAUAAGGGUACUCCUAGAGUAAGUCCUAUUACUGGACUUCAAGAGCCGCAUUGUCCCACAUGGAGGCGUCGAAUGAAGAUGUACUUUGUCUCUUAUCCAGUACUUAUUCUUUCAUUAUUACUUGCUACCAGUGGUAUGUGGAUAUAUUUUCAUUUUCAAGAAAGCAUGAGUGAAGCCUACAAAAAUUCAACAGGGUUUUGGGCUACAAUUUUAAAGAAAAUACCUGGAGUUAUAUAUGCAAGUUUAAUAUUUGGCUUGAAUAAUGGAUACCGGAAGAUUGCAAUCCACCUAAAUGACUGGGAAAAUCACAAGGUUCAAUCGUCGUAUAACAACCACCUGAUUAUCAAAUUAAUUUUGUUCUACUUUGUCAACAGUUUCUUGUCAUUAUUCUACAUUGCAUUUUAUUUGUGUGACAUGGUGUUGUUGCGACAGCAUUUAGCAACUCUGCUUAUCACACAACAGUUGAUUCAACAAAUCCAAGAAUCCCUAAUACCUUACAUCACUUUUAAGAAGCACAACAUUCAAGUCAAAAAAGAAGGAAAAUCUAUUCAAGUAAAAAGAAUAAGAGAUCCCAAAAAUCAAGUUAUAAAAGAAGGGAAUAUGGCAUCAUAUGCGGGAACAUUUGAAGAUUAUCUGGAAAUAUUUUUGCAAUUUGGAUACGUGUUUUUGUUUUCUGCUGCGUAUCCACUAGCUGGUUUUUGGGCAUUGGUAAACAAUGUUAUUGAAAUUAGAACAGAUGGAUUUAAACUUUGCAAAUUGCAUCAACGUCCAUUUACACAACCGGCAUCUUCAAUAGGUGCAUGGCAGACUGCUUUUGAAUUAAUGAGUAUCAUAGCUGUGAUGACGAACUGUGGAAUAAUUGCAUUGUCACAAAGUACUCAAAAUUGGUUGUCAAUGGAGGAGAAACCCAUAAAAUACAUACUGUUGUUUGUUGUUAUUGAGCACCUAUUGAUCGUAAUCAAAGUAUUUAUUGCAAAGAUAAUCCCAGAUGUACCAGGCUCUAUCACAAAACUGUUGGCUAAAUCAGAGUACAAAGUGCAACAAGCACUAAAGGAAAAAAAGAUCCGUCACUUAUCUUCUCACCAUGACAACAAUGAAGACUAAACAUUCAAAUUCUUAUUUUAAACGAUUUAAAUGAAUUAUAAAAACCCCAGGCAUAUUGGCUAUCUUCA